CCGAUCUCUAAAACCAACUUUGUUCUUCUGUGAAUAAACAAACAAACAAACAAACAUAUCUCCAUUUCUGAUCCUCUCUCUGGAUUUCUUUCUGUAGAAAUUCAAAUUAAAUGGUGACAUCACUGAAAAUGUUGUUGAAGGAUGAAUACACUGGUAGUUAUUUCAGAGAAGGAGUUGGAGGAUUUGGUGGGUUGUUGUUGUGGAGAUGGAAGAAUGAAAUGGAGGAAAAAGAGAAUAGAGAAAUGGAGGAUGCUGUUUUCUACUCUCUUUGUGUUUCUUAUGCUCUCAUUUCCAUCAUUGCCCUGGUGCAACUUUUCCGCAUUCAAAUGAGAGUACCUGAAUUUGGUUGGACAACACAAAAAGUUUUCCACUUGAUGAACUUUAUUGUUAAUGGAUUGCGCGCUGUCCUUUUCGGAUUCUACCAUCGCGUGUUUCUAGUGAAACCAAAAGUCCUGGAAAUGGCACUAUUGGAUCUUCCUAGUCUUCUUUUUUUCUCGACGUACACACUGCUGGUUUUAUUUUGGGCAGAGAUAUACCAUCAGGCGAGGAGCCUUCCUAUAGAUAAAUUGAGGCCUGCUUACUUGACAAUCAAUGGAAUUGUAUACUUGAUACAGAUAUGCAUUUGGUUUGCUGUCAAACUAUCUCGAAGUCCUGUCUCCAUAGAAAUUGCCAAGCUAUUUUUAUCAGCUAUUUCAUUCUUUGCUGCUCUGGGAUUCUUGUUAUAUGGCGGGAGGCUAUUUUACUUGUUGAGGCGCUUCCCAAUUGAAUCGAAAGGUCGUCGGAACAAAUUGAAUGAGGUUGGCUUUGUCACUGGGAUAUGUUGCACUUGUUUCUUGAUAAGGUGCAUUGUGGUAAUGGUUACUGCAUUCGACAAGGAUGUCAGCCUUGAUGUUCUCAACCAUCCUAUGCUAAACUUGUUCUAUUACUUGCUGGUAGAGAUUAUUCCAUCUGCACUGGUGCUUUUCAUUCUCCGCAAGUUACCUCCUAAGCGCGUCUCUGAUCAGUAUCAUCCCAUUAGUUAAGAUCGUGAUUGACAUUGGCUUUAGCUCAAAAUGACCGUUCUUAUUUUCACGCUGAUACACGAAGAGGAAAGUCUUUCGAAAGCACGGGGAUCUGGUUUGCCUGUUGAUUCUUCUCACUUCCUUCGAAGCCUCAACAAGUUGUUCCAUUUUCUCUCUUUCUGAUCACCAAGAAAUCGUCUUCUUGUAAAUCCUCUGUAACCUGUUUCUUUUCAUAUAAUGGAAUACAUGUUUAAGCCCAUGCUUCUACUGUACACAAACCUAACUUAUUACACUAGAUGAGACUGACCGAUUAGUACACGAUAGGUCAAAUGACGUAUCUACGGCCCAGUUGUGUA